CGGAGGCCGUAGGACCCAACAGAAAUAUUGAAAAGGAAAGGCGCACAACUCUAUUUGUUGUGUGCUACAGACAACACAACACCACUUCCACUUUCUUACUUUUUUCUCAAAUCCAUUUUCAUUUCACACACAAAUUACUUUCUUCAUCUUCUUCUUCUUGGGGGUUUGGUUAAUUCUGUUGUUUCAUUUUUAGUAAUAAUCAUGGGUGGUUGUUGAGAUACAAAGUUAGGGGUUUUAUACUAUAAUAAAUGGGAAAUUGCUGCUGUAGGGGUCAACCUUCAAUAUACAGAGUCUCUUCUAAUGCAAAAUCUGAGUCUCCAAAGGAUAAAAGUCCAUCUCAAAAUGCAAGGAUGGAUCACACUAAGAUGCCUUCGAACCCUGAAGAAGUAGAAGACCUGCGUCGUAGCUCAGCUACAAAUCCAUUGAUUGCAUUCUCCUUUGAUGAACUUAAGAUAAUAACAUGCAACUUUAGACAAGAUUACAUGCUCGGUGGAGGAGGAUUCGGAAAUGUUUAUAAAGGAUAUAUUACUGAAGAUUUGAGGGAAGGACUCCAGCCAAUUACAGUAGCUGUUAAGGUUCAUGAUGGGGAUAAUAGUUAUCAGGGACACAGGGAAUGGCUGGCUGAAGUGAUAUUUCUCGGCCAACUUUCGCACCCAAAUUUAGUAAAGUUGAUUGGUUACUGCUGUGAAGCUGAACAUCGAGUUCUUAUAUACGAGUAUAUGGCUCGGGGAAGUGUUGAAAACAAUUUGUUCUCAAGAGUAUUGCUUCCUCUUCCGUGGUCCAUUAGAAUGAAGAUUGCCUUUGGCGCAGCUAAGGGGCUCGCAUUUCUGCAUGAAGCUGAAAAACCUGUUAUCUAUCGAGAUUUUAAGACAUCUAAUAUCCUGUUAGAUCUGGAGUACAAUACAAAACUCUCUGAUUUUGGGCUAGCUAAAGAUGGACCAGUUGGUGACAAAUCUCAUGUUUCUACUCGCAUAAUGGGAACCUAUGGAUAUGCUGCCCCUGAAUAUAUUAUGACAGGUCAUUUGACUCCUAGGAGUGAUGUUUAUAGUUUUGGAGUUGUUCUUCUCGAGCUUCUAACGGGAAGAAGAUCACUUGAUAAAUCGAAACCAGCCCGAGAACAAAACCUUACAGAUUGGGCAGUACCAUUGCUUAGAGAAAAGAAAAAACUGCUCAAUAUUAUAGAUCCAAGACUUGAUGGAGAUUAUCCCAUAAAAUCUGUUCAUAAGGCUGCAAUGCUUGCUUAUCAUUGCCUAAAUCGCAACCCGAAAGCACGACCUUUAAUGAGAGACAUUGUAGAUUCCUUAGAGCCUCUUCAGAUACCUGGUGAAGUUCCAACAAGUGAGAAGCCUACUUUGACUGUGAUCACUGAUACGCCAAAUGGAGUUAUCAAAGAGAAGGUGCAAACUUGAACAUGAUUACAAGGUUUUCUAACUUCCCUAGCAUUAAUAGAAUGAUUUGAUACAAUAUUUUACUUUCCUGUAAUGCAUUACAAUGUUUGGCUUUUUGGUAAUACAAAUAAACACACUAUUUAUUUAGUCUCCCAAUUUAA